GUGAUGCAAUACGCACUGACGUGGCCGGAAACCCGCCAUCUUGAGGAAGGAAACGCCUUGAACUUAAGGAGGAAACUUGGAACUUGGUGUUGAAAAGACGUCUGGCGAACAUGGGGAACAUAUUCGCAAACCUCUUUAAAGUCUUCGGCAAGAAGGAGAUGAGAAUUCUUAUGGUGGGACUCGACGCUGCUGGAAAGACGACAAUUCUGUAUAAAUUAAAGUUGGGGGAAAUUGUUACCACCAUCCCAACAAUCGGUUUUAAUGUUGAAACGGUGGAGUACAAGAAUAUUAGUUUUACAGUUUGGGACGUCGGUGGUCAAGAUAAGAUUCGACCAUUGUGGCGUCAUUAUUUCCAGAACACACAAGGUCUGAUCUUUGUGGUUGACAGUAAUGAUAGAGAGCGUGUGAAUGAGGCGCGAGAGGAGCUGAUGCGGAUGUUGGCCGAAGAUGAGCUCAGAGAAGCUGUUCUGCUAGUGUUUGCCAACAAACAGGAUCUGCCAAACGCCAUGAACGCCGCCGAAAUCACGGACAAGCUGGGUCUGCACUCACUCCGGCACAGAAACUGGUACAUUCAGGCCACGUGUGCCACAAGCGGCGACGGCCUCUAUGAAGGACUCGACUGGUUGUCCAAUCAGCUGAAAAACCAGAAAUAAUGACCUCACUCCACUGCUCUUCCCUAGUCUGAUCUUCUCCUUUCUAAAACAAACGGGGCUGGAAGCUGCGCUCAUUUCAAACACGCUUCAUGGAAGAAAACAUGUUUAAUGUAAAUAGUUUUUGUUGUGAGGCAGCUUUUGAGCACCAUUAUGCAAACUAGAUUUUAGUCCAUCGUUCUUUAUUUUCCAUUUUCUCCUCCAUUUGUUACCGUUCGAGUUCGUCUUGGAAACUCCAGUGUAUUAUUUUAUUGUGCUCUUUAAUAAGACUCGCUCUGUUAGAUGUACUGUAAACAAAGCUGUUUUGUUGGUCUUGAACCGAGUACAUUACGGACACUACCUGCACAUAUUACGGUUCGGUUUCGAGGAGGAAAACCAAAACGAAUCACACUGUCUUUGCAGCCAAGGCUGACGUGACCUCUAGCUUUACUGUCGCGAUCCUUCAAGGGUCGUGAAAUGACACCCGGACUGUUUGUUUUGUUUUGUUUCAGUCGGUUAGAAAAACAAGCGUACCUAGAGUUAAAUAUUAAGUUGUUUUGACAGUCUUUGUUCAAGUGUUACUUUUAACUUUGUAUUCUGGACUUAAAAUCAAGAUAAACAACAUUAACCUCAUUUAAAGAGAGAGUUCACGCAGAAAAUUCGAAAUUUAAUCACCAAAAGUAGAUAUUUUGUAGAAUGUUCAAACCAUUGACUUCAAUAUUAGAAAAAACAAAUACUAUGGAAGUAAAUGGUUGUUUUUUAAAUAAACAUUUUUCUAAAUAUCUUCUAUUGUAUUCAACAUAAAAAAAGAAACUCAAACUGGUUAUGUUAAUAGUAUGAUAACGGAUUUUUUUUAGUUUUGGGUGAACUGUCUCUUUAAUAAGCACACGUUAACAAAGUCGGUAGUUUUUAAGUCUUAAAGGGGACCUAUUAUGCAAAAAUCACUUUUAUAAGGGGUUCGUGUGGCAGCAGUGUGCGAAUAUAACCAGCUCCUAAUGAUAAAAAUUAAUUAGAUUUUUUUUUUUAUAACCACACUUGAUAAAAACAGUCUGCAGAAACACUGAUUGAUGUUCACCCUUUGUACGUGUCAUCAGAGGGGUAAAAAGCCCCACCCACUAGUGACCAUCUCUCCCUCAUUAGCAUAAACAGCCCUGAGUGAGAAGCAGCUGUCCGCCAUUUGAGUUUUAAUCUGCCACUAUGCUGACACACAGGCAUUUGUAGCUCCGCCCUCUUAAAAAGAGCACAAUCUCAUUUGAAUUUAAAGUGACAGUCACUAAAACAACACAAUUAGGAUCAAAGCCUAAAAGGGUCAGUUUUAAAGACUUAUAAAACAUUAUUCACACUGUAUUUUGAGCUGAAACUUCACACACUCUAUGGACAUCAGAUUUAUUUUACAUCUUGUUAUAAGGGGCAUAAAAGGUCCCCUUUAAAUACGCACAGCUGUAAGUAUAUCUGGAGAAUGUUGGCAUAUUAAUAUCACCGAAAAAUUGUAUACGAGUAGCCCUGGUGCCUUUACGGUCCAUAGAGACCCGUUUGAGAUGAACAACCUUUCACAUGGUCACUGUAUAGGCGAUGUUUGAAAACAACCCGUUAUUUAUCUUUAUUUCUCUUCUUUUCUCAAUUAACCUGGUUUGGUAGACACUGAUUACUUGGGGGGUCGAAACUAUGUGAAUCUUAGCAAAAUGUUUUAUAGUGUGACUUGUAACCUAUGUAUUUGUUUUUUUCAAAUUUUGACAGAAAUGCACUGUUAUUAAAUAUAUUCGUAUAACUGGA